AUGCUGCGCUACCUGCUCAAGACGCUGCUGCAGAUGAACCUCUUCGCCGACUCGCUGGCGGCCGAGCCGCCCAACUCCUCCGAGCCGCUGCCCGGCCUCGACGGCACCCGCGGAGCCCUCGACCUGCGCAACCUCUCCGCGCCCGCCGGCUCGGGGCCUCGGCGGGCCGACGCGCCGCCCCGCAUCGUGGAGCACCCGGCCGACGUGCUGGUGCCGCGGGGCGAGGCGGCCACGCUGCGGUGCCGGGCCGAGGGCCGCCCGGCGCCCGCCGUCCGCUGGUACCGCGACGGCGCCCGGGUGCCCACCGACCGCGAGGAGCCCCGCUCGCACCGCACCCUGCUCCCCGGCGGCUCCCUCUUCUUCGCCCGCGUGCUCCACGGCCGCCGCGGCCGGGCCGACGAGGGCGUCUACGUCUGCGUGGCCGGCAACUACCUGGGCGAAGCCGCCAGCCGCAACGCCUCCCUCGAGGUGGCCGUGCUGCGGGAGGAUUUCCGCCAGGCGCCCGGUGCCGUGGUGGUGGCGGCGGGCGAGCCGGCCGUGCUGGAGUGCGUGCCGCCCCGCGGGCACCCCGAGCCCAGCGUCUCCUGGAAGAAGGACGGCGCCCGUCUCGGCGACGAGGACGAGCGGCUCACGAUGCGCGGCGGGAAGCUGAUGAUGGCCAGCACCCGCAAGAGCGACGCCGGCGCCUACGUCUGCGUGGCCACCAACGUGGCGGGCGAGCGGGCCAGCGAGCCGGCCGAGCUGGUGGUCCUCGAGCGUCCCGUCUUCAGCAAGCGGCCGCUCGCCCGGGCGGUGCUGGCCGAGGCCACGGCGGAGUUCGCCUGCGAGGCCCGGGGCGAUCCGCCGCCCGCCGUCCGCUGGCGCAGGGAGGACGGCGAGCUGCCGCCGGGAAGGUGGGAGGUGCGGGACGACAACGCCGCGCUGCGCAUCAGCCGGGUGACGGCGGCGGACGAGGGCACCUACACCUGCGUGGCCGAGAACAGCGUGGGCCGGGCCGAGGCCUCGGCCGCCCUCAGCGUGCACGUCCCCCCGCGGCUGGUGACGGGGCCCCGCGACCAGAUCGUGGCCCGGGGCCGGACGGCGACUUUCCAGUGCGAGACCCAGGGCAACCCGCCGCCGGCCGUGUUUUGGCAGAAGGAAGGCAGCCAGAUCCUGCUGUUCCCCAGCCAGCCCCCGCAGCCGGCGGGCCGCUUCGCGGUGGCCCCCAGCGGCGAGAUGACCAUCGCGGCGGUGCGGGCGGCCGACGCCGGGUACUACACGUGCCAGGCCGUCAGCGUGGCCGGCAGCGUCGUGGCCAAGGCGCUGCUGGAGGUGGAGGACGCCGCCGCCGAGCGCCUGCCGCCCGUCAUCCACCGGGGCCCCGGCAACCAGACGCUGCCGGCGGCCGCCACGGCGCUGCUGCCGUGCCGCGCCGCCGGCAACCCCCUGCCCCGCGUCCGCUGGCUCAAGGACGGGCGGGCGCUGGCGGGCGCCGAGCCCCGCGCCAGCCUGCUGGAGAACGGCACCCUGCGCGUCACCGGCCUCCGCGUGUCGGACUCGGGGCAGUACGUGUGCGUGGCGGCCAGCUCGGCGGGCGAGACGCGCUGGAGCGGGGCCCUGCGGGUGCAGGAAGGUGAGCGGCGGCGCUCGGCGCCCGCAGGCGCGGCGUCGCCGGAGCCCGGCGUGCCGCCCGGCCCCCCCUCGGCGCCCCGCGUCACCAGCGUCACCGAGAGCAGCGUCACGCUGGCGUGGGAAAGCGGCCGGCAGAGCGACGCCGACGCCGACGCCGCCGUCACCUCCUACGUCGUGGAGGCUUUCAGCCAGUCCGCCGGCAGCGCCUGGCGCACGGUGGCGGCCGACGUCAAGGCCCCGGCGCACACGGUGAGCGGCCUGGAGCCCGGCACCGUCUACCUGUUCCUGGUGCGGGCGGUGAACGCCUUCGGCCUCAGCGACCCCAGCGCCGCCUCGGAGCCCGUCCGCACCCGCCGGCCCCCCGCCAGCCCCCCGCCUUCGCCCGCCGCCCGCCUGGCCGUGCGCCUGCAGGAGCCCCUCGUCCUGCCGCCCGGCGCCGUCCGCCUCGCCUGGACCGUGGAGGGCCCGGCGGCGCUGCUGCGGGGCUACCGGGUGCUGUACCGGCGGCGCGGCGACGCGGGCGCCUGGGAGGCGCGGGAGGUGGCGGGCGGCGGGCAGCGGGGCGCCCUGCUCGCCGAGCUGCGCCCGGGCCGGGAGUACGAAAUCAAGGUCCGACCGGUGCCCGAGGGGCUGCGGGGCGCCGAAAGCGCCGUCCGCUCCGUCCGCACGCCCGAGGCAGCGCCCAGCGCCCCGCCGCGAGCCGUCCGCGUGGCCCCGCUGGGUGACGGCGUCAGCAUCUCGUGGGAGCCGCCGCCGGCCGCCGAGCAGAACGGCGUCAUCCGCGAUUACCGGAUUUGGUGCUUGGGCAACGAGAGCCGCUUCGACCUCAACGCCAGCGUGGAGGGCACGGCGCUGGCGGCGGUGCUGCGCGGGCUGGUGCCCGGCGUGCCCUACCGCGCCCAGGUGGCCGCCGCCACCGGCGCCGGCGUCGGCGUCCGCAGCCCGCCCGUCCCCAUCCGCAUCGGUGAGUGGCCGGCCGGACCCUUCCCCGCGCCGCUGGACGGCAAGCGCCUGCCCGUUGUGCCGUCCGGGCCGGUUGUGCCAUCCGGGCCGGUUGUGCAAUCCAUGCCGGUUGUGCAGUCUGUGCUGGCUGUGCACCCUAUGCCGGUUGUGCCCCCUGUGCUGGUUGUGCAUCUCAUGCCGAUUGUGCAUCUCGUGCCUGUUGUGCAGUCCCUGCUGGUUGUGCAUCCUGAGCCGGUUGUGCACCCCGUGCCGGUUGUGCAAUCCAUGCUGGCGAUGCACCCCGAGCCGGUUGUGCACCCUGUGCCGGUUGUGCAUCCCAUACUGGUUGUGCAGUCCAUGUCCAUUGUGCGUCUUGUGCCAGAUGUGCAAUCUGUGCUGGAUAUGCAUCCCGUGCCGGCUGUGCAUCUUGUGCCUGUUGUGCAAUCCCUGCCGGUUGUGCACCCCAUGCCGGUUGUGCAAUCCAUGCUGGCCAUGCACCCCGUGCCGGUUGUGCACCCCGUGCCAGCUGUGCAAUCCCUGCUGGUUGUGCAUCCUAAGCCGGUUGUGCACCCCGUGCCGGUUGCGCAAUCCAUGCUGGCCAUGCACCCCGAGCCGGUUCUGCACCUUGAGCCGAUUGUGCACCCUGUUCCGGUUGUGCACCCCAUGCCGGUUGUGCAAUCCCUGCUGGUUAUGCAUCCCGAGCCGAUUGUGCACCCGGUGCCGGUUGUGCGCCCCGUGCCAGUUGUGCACCCCAUGCCAGUUGUGCAAUCCCUGCUGGUUGUGCACCCUGUGCUGGUUGUGCAUCCCAUGCCGGUUGUGCAAUCCAUGCUGGCCAUGCACCCCGUGCCGGUUGUGCACCCUGUGCCAGCUGUGCAAUCCCUGCUGGUUGUGCAUCCUAAGCCGGUUGUGCACCCCGUGCCGGUUGUGCACCCCAUGCCAGUUGUGCAGUCCCUGCUGGUUGUGCAUCCUGAGCCAGUUGUGCACCCUGUGCCAGCUGUGCACCCCGUGCUGGUUGUGCAUCUCGUGCCUGUUGUGCACCCUGUGCCAGAUGUGCAAUCCGUGCUGGUGAUGCACCCCGAGCCAGCUGUGCACCUUGAGCCGAUUGUGCACCCCGUGCCGGUUGUGCACCCCGUGCCAGUUGUGCAAUCCCUGCUGGUUGUGCAUCCCGAGCCGGUUGUGCAUCCCGAGCCGGUUGUGCACCCCGCGCCGGUUGUGCACCCCGAGCCGGUUGUGCACCCGCGCCGGUUGUGCACCCCGUGCCGGUUGUGCACCCCAUGCCAGUUGUGCAAUCCCUGCCAGUUGUGCACCCCAAGCCGGUUGUGCACCCGCGCCGAUUGUGCACCCGAGCCGAUUGUGCACCCCGUGCCGGUUGUGCACCCCAUGCCAGUUGUGCACCCCGAGCCGGUUGUGCACCCCACGCUGGUUGUGCACCCCAUGCCAGUUGUGCACCCCGAGCCGGUUGUGCACCCUGUGCCGGUUGUGCAUCCCAUACUGGUUGUGCAGUCCAUGUCCACUGUGCGUCUUGUGCCAGAUGUGCAAUCUGUGCUGGAUAUGCAUCCCGUGCCGGCUGUGCAUCUUGUGCCUGUUGUGCCAUCCCUGCCGGUUGUGCACCCCAUGCCGGUUGUGCAAUCCAUACUGGCCACGCACCCCAUGCCGGUUGUGCACCCCGUGCCAGCUGUGCAAUCCCUGCUGGUUGUGCAUCCUAAGCCGGUUGUGCACCCCGUGCCGGUUGUGCACCUUGAGCCGAUUGUGCACCCCGUGCCGGUUGUGCAAUCCAUGCUGGCCAUGCACCCCGAGCCGGUUCUGCACCUUGAGCCGAUUGUGCGCCCCAUGCCGGUUGUGCACCCCGUGCCAGUUGUGCAAUCCCUGCCGGUUGUGCACCCCGAGCCGGUUGUGCACCUUGAGCCGAUUGUGCACCCCGUGCUGGUUGUGCAUCCCAAGCCAGUUGUGCACCUGUCCCCGGCGCGACGCGGCCCUGGGGACAGCCUGGCGGAGCGGGUGGCGGCGGUGGCCAAGCGUCCGGCCUUCCUCGCCGGCCUCGCCGGCCUCGCCGCCUGCGUCAUCCUCGCGGCCUCCGGCGCCUGGAUCUACCUGCGCCGCAAGAAGCGGAAGGAGCUGAGCCGCUUCGCGGCCUACGUGCCCGCAGCCGCCUUCCCGCGCGCCGACGGCCCCGCGCGCCGCGGCCCCAGGCCCGGCAUCGCCGCCGGCGCUUAUCCCUGGCUGGCGGAUUCGUGGCCGGCGCCCGGCGCCCGGCGCCCGGAUGCGGCCGCCGAGAGCUGCCGCGACGGCGAGGCGGCGGCGUGGGAGAAAUUCGGGGCCGCCGCCAGGCCCUUCGCCCGGCCCCAUCACGCGACGGGCAAAGCGAUGGGGAAAGCGGUGCCGCCGCCGGUGCUCAACUGGCCCGAGCUGCUGCCCCCGCCGCCCUCGGCCAGCGAGCUGAGCCAGUACGAGGAGGAGGAGGAGGAGGAGGAGGAGGAAGAGCUGGCUGGAAGCUCGGGGCCGGAGGACUGGUGCCCGCCGCUGCCCGAGCGCGGCUACGUGGCCGGAGACGCCGCCGGGGAGGAAGGCUCGCCGCCCGGCACCCCCUCGCCCGCCGGCUCCUGCGGGUGCCGGUCCGCCGCCACGCUGACGCCCUCGCCCCGCGCCGCCGACCGCAUCCCCCGGCUCCGCGACUUCGACGGCCGCCGGCUGCCCCGAUCUGGCCAAGCCGUCGCGAUCCAGCUGUGCCGUCGCGAUCCAGCUGUGCCAUCGCGAUCCAGCUGUGCCAUCCUGACCUGGCAGUGCCGUGACAAUCUGGCCAAGCCGUCGCGAUCCAGCUGUGCUGCCGCGACCCAGCUGUGCCCUCGGCUUCCCCUCCCUCUCCCGUUUGCCAGGAGGCCACCAAACGGCACCGGCACCCUGCCGCGGGCACCGAGCCCCAGCACCGGCACCGAGGACGGCGCCGAGGGCCCCGCGCCCCGAGCCCGGCGCGACCCCAGCCUCAGCGAGCGCCGGGGUUGCGCCGGAGCCGCCGCCGCGCCGAAAAGUCGCCCGAAGGCCAAAGCCGGCCGCUACCGGCGGGAGCAGCAGCCGGCAGACCUGCCGCCGCCGCCGCUGCCGCCGCCGCUGCCCGAGGACCCCGGUGUCCCCUGUGUGGGGACGGCCUCGCUGGAGCGCCGUCCCGUGCCGCAGCCUGACGACGUCGUCCCCUACGGCAAACCCACCUUCCUCACCUCAUCCCGCGGCUCGACGGGCUCCCGAGGCCACGGCUCGGGGCGCAGCCGGACGCCGGGGGACCGCGGCGAGGUGACGGGGCGCGGGGCGGGCGCCGGCACCCCACCGCCGCCGCCCUCACCCCUCUUUUCCUUCCCCUCCGCAGGAGACGAGAUGAAGGCGACGGCGCUGGAGCCGGGGGCGGCGCGAGCCGGGGCGGGAAUGGGGCCACGGGGGGACGAUUUUUAAUUUAGGACCGGCCUUGCGGAGAGCUUGGCCCCUUGUAAAUAGGUUUUUGCGGAGCCAGCGGGUGUAGCGGGGUGGGCGAGGGAGGGAUGCGGAUGGUCUGGAGCGAUGAGGAUGGUCUGGAGCGAUGAAGAUGCUCGGGAGGGAUGAGGAUGCUUGGGAAUGAUGAGGAUGCUCGGGCUGGAUGAAGAUGCUCAGGAGGGAUGAGGAUGCUCGGGCAGGAUGAAGAUGCUCAGGAGGGAUGAGGAUGCUCGGGAGUGACACGGAU